AUGGACCAACGAUAUUUCGGGAACGGUGCCAACACAGCAGCUGCGUUUAGUUUUGAACCGAUAAGCAGCGAAGAGGAGCUGAUGGAAUGCGAUUCGAAGCUUGGCAGCGAUGUAGGAUAUUAUGUCGUUCCAGCCGAACCGGAAGAUAAACAAGAAGACCAUAUAUUGGUAGCUACUGGCGAUUCGCUUCACACCGAAUUGAAGAUGACUUGUUCCGACAGUGAAGAUUCAACCGGUGCAUCUACCGAUAGCCGUUGUUCUGUAUCCCAGACUAGCUACACCAACAGCUAUCCAGCAUCGACCGAAACGACGCAUAUGGCAAAAGCAAAGAGCGCAAUCCCUUCAAAAGAACCUUCGAUCUCAAAUGUACUGAACAUCUUGACAACGGUUUCAGAGAAUAUCAAGAAAAUGCAGGAAAAAACGGAAACCAUUCAAAAGGAGGUGGCGAGCAUUUCAAAUCGAUUGGCGCGGGUCGAAAGGAAAGUGGGCAUUUCACUAGCGACGAUGGAGCAAGUGAAGGAUGUGGUAAUAACAGCCGAUGCAUGUUUCGGAACCGAUGCCAACACAGCAGCUGCGUUUAGUUUUGAACCGAUAAGCAGCGAAGAGGAGCUGAUGGAAUGCGAUUCGAAGCUUGGCAACGAUGAAGAAUAUUAUGCUAAUGUUAUAAAGUGGCUCAGACUGCAGAUCAACGUCCCAGACCCAGACAACCGGUUGCAUUUAGCGUUGGAUCUGAUAUUCGAACGAACAUUUUUACCUCUGUGCAGUUGGACUGGCAAUGGUAGGCCAGCGCCAAAAAUAGCAUUAUGUGGACGGACGAACGUCCUGAAACUGUUUGCGGACAUCGGCAGCAAUCAGUACUUUCGCGUGAACGAAUUAUUCGUACAAAAGUUUUUCUUGAAAAAGCUGCCUCAUGCGAAAAAUAGAAUUAAUUUGAUACAAGGUAGAGCUACAUCAUGCCGUAAGCGAAAACUCACCUAAAUCUUAAGCAUACGUUGAAGAAAUCACAACAUAUAAUGGCACGACAAAGCGAGCGAUCUUAGUGUUAGAAAUAUAUAAAGUUCAAAUCCCGAAAUUGUCAGGAUUUAGGACGAAUUAUUUUUGUUUAAGAAACAGGAAGGA